AUGGCAGUAUCUACCAUCUCGAGCACCCUUCCGCUAUUCGAUCGCAGCAACACUCCCCUAGACUCCUUUGUCUCCAGCCAUCGCAGUCCUCCCACAUGGCGUCAGGCACCGUCCAAGCGGCAGUUGUUCCCGCAGCUAGACUCUUCCGAGGCCACCCCCAGCGAAAGUGGCUCCAUCUACGAUGCCAAACAGGUCAGCUCGGAGAGUGAGGCGGAUGAGCCCCCACAGAACAGACCCAGAAGCAAGAAGAGGCCGCAUUAUCGCUCGCUGCCUGAGGAGGAAUGGGCUCCUUCUGCCAUCCCAAAUGGCUUCGGUGUAGCAGUCCGCUUCAUCAACAGACCGGACGCAACGCCGUUGACCACCAUCAUCGAGCAGAAGUCGAUUGCAACCCUUCGUUCCGCCAGGCUCCGUGCGGAAAAGACCGAGCAAAAGCAACCGAGCAGGCGCCAGGCGGCUCUCACCAUCGACGAAGCAACGCUCAGAGAACUGCACGAGAUCAUGGAGAACCAAAGGCCACCGGACCACAAGAUCUCGUCAGGAUCGGGCUCGACCAAUGUCGAUGACGUUGGAUAUCCCGCACGACCAAUUUCGCCGCAGCACUCGCCGCCCUUUCGGGCCCAAACGCCGUCCGGUCUGCCCCGGUGGCCGGGAGAUUCGCCAGGUUCGCUUCGAUCUCCGCGGCGCAGGGCCUCAGGCGGCAGGGGCUUCAGGUAUGCCCUUCGCCAUAUGCUACGUCGUCCUCCGGGAGGUGAGUCUGAAUAG